AUGAUGGUUUUAGCAACUUUUGAUCGAUUUCUAAUAAGUAGUCCAUCGGCUAACUAUCGUCAUUUCAGUUCGUUUACCAAUGCGUAUCGAUUGAUAGGCAUUGUCACAUUUCUAUUAUGUAUCAAUUAUUCAAAUUUAUUCUAUUGCGCUAAUAUAAAAGGAACUCCACCAGCAUCAUCAUGUACAUCAAUCACAACACGAAUAUGUGGUUUCUAUAAUGAAUUAUCACGAGUAAUGACAGCAGCAAUCAUUCCUGGUUGUAUAAUAUUUGUAUUUGGUGUGGGUACUAUUCGACAUUUGAAAAAGGUUCGAGUUGCUGUUGGUAUAGCAACAAUACAGAAUAGUCAUUCAUAUCAUCGACUAAGAAAAACCGAUCGACAACUUAUUCAGAUGCUGAUUGGACAAGUUGCAAUGAUUUUCAUCUCAUGGAUACCUCAUGCAGUGCAACGUAUUAAUGUGGUGAUUACAUUUGAUGAUAUCAAAAGUCCUCUACGUUCGAGACAGGAUACAUUGUGGGAUCAAAUUGCAUGGAUCAUAACAACAUUCGAUUGUUCAUUCUCAUUCUAUGUCUAUCUUUUCACUGGUGGUAUUUUGUUCCGACAAACGGUAAGAUCAAUAUUUGGAUGUAGAACAUCAACUUCUAGAACAAGAAUGUUGGACGCAACGAAUCAUGUACAACGAAGUCGUCGAACAUAA